UUUAUUUUGUAAUGAGGAUGCUUCCACGGAAGUCAGACGUUAGUCGUUAGUUUACAACUCUGGUACACAAAGAGAGUCACCAUGGCUGACAUAUCACUCUAUCUUACCAAUGUUAAUGUCACUGUUGGACAGAACAUGGACAUGGUAGAGAAGAGCCCGACCUCAGGAAAAGAUUUUGAGUGUGUUGAACUGGGAGACCUGGGGAAGAAUGAUGAGAAGAAUGAGAAGACUCCUCGCAGGGUCAUCCAUUUUUCCAACGGAGAAACCAUGGAGGAGUACAGCACAGACGAAGAGGAGGAGGAGGAUGAAAAGGAACCAGAAAAGAAAGAUCUUCUGGCUCCAAUUGACACGUCCCAGCUGACCUGGGGUCCUUAUGUUUGGUUUCAAAUGUGGAGAGCUGCAACAUCUACAAUCUCAGCAUGUGAUUACUUGGGCGAGAGGAUGGCGUCACUCUUUGGCAUCACCUCUGCCAAAUACCAGUAUGCCAUCGACGAGUACUACAGGAUAAAGAAGGAGAAAGAGGAGGAGGAGGAGGACAACCGCCUGUCCGAGGAGGCCGAGCGGUAUUUCGAGGAACAGCGGUGCUACAAUGGCGAGACCCAGGAGCCCGCAACGCACCAGCCAGAAGGAACGGCCCCUCAGGUGAACUACAACGACCCUGACAAAGACCCUCAGACCCCCGCUGCUACUACAGUUAGCGUCCCCGCCAUUAUCACCAGCACCUAACCAAAGCCUCGAUGGCAGAAGUAGCCGAAAUGUUACGUCGUAACCGUUCGGGUUUUGAAUGGGGCAACUAGAAUUUUAUUUAGUGCACUAGUCUGGUUUGUUUCUGAGGGCUUUACCACACAGGACGUUCCGUCAUAUCUAGGACAUGAGCUCCUGUGCUAACUCUGUGUUCUUCGCCAGUGGCCUUACUAGACAGAUCCCAAACCAGAAUACAGCUGCUGCUGUCGCUGCCAAGUCUUCAUGAAGGACGAACGGAGGUAUGGGAUGGGGGAUCUAACAUUGCCAUAGACCUAAAUGCACUCCUCACAUAGGAAGCCUAAGUUGUUCUUAGAGUGAGUUCACAUAACACUAGACCUGAGAUAACGUCUAAACUGAACACUUGUGAGUUUUUACAAUAUGUGUCGACACUUUAAUUAGGUACUUGUA